CGGGCAAACGAUUUCAUUCAAACAUUCUUUUCAUAAGAGGAAUCGCAUUUGAAUGCGGCGGCGAUGUUUGAAAAUCGUCUUGCGGAUAUCGCUUGUUGCGGAAGUCAUCAUCGGAUAGACUAGUGGAAAUAAGUGUAAAGAUGAUGCACAUGAGGAGUUGUAGUGGAUUUACGGAUUUAAAAUCCGGGAGUAUCAUCGUUUGUCACUAUGCCAUGGGCCUCUCCUUCAUGGCAUUGAUCCUACUGACAUGUCGACUUCACGAAGUAGACCGGGAAGUAGGCUACCUACAGGCUGUCAUCAACGACUGGUUUCCCCAUCCUGACACAACAACACCUGCUCAGCAAGCCACCCCCGCAAACAGAUAUUUAAAUUUACUCCAAGAAGAACUCAUCCAAUUCUAUUUACCUGAACUUCGGUCUUCCCGGACAACCCUCGUCCUGAGUGUUGUAUUUGUGGGCAUCUACAUCGGCAGCUGGUGGUGGAUGGCGUUUGCAAUUAAACAAGUCAGCAGAGGUGGUAGUGUAUCACUGAGAACAGUUUUGCUUCUGGCAGUAUUUGCCGCCGUGGAUAUUGCUGCUAGUACAGGAUUUGUAUUGCUGAGAUUAAUAAUGUAUAUCAGGCGUGACAGAUUUUAUCCUCAAGGACUGAGGCCAUUAAGUCCUCAAAUGGAAGCAGACCAAAUGGCAGCAUACACCUCUCUACGGCUCAUCACUAUAAAGUCAAGUUGUGGCAAUGCAGAUAUUUUGGUGAGCGUCGUUGUGGGAUUCUUAACAGUACUACGAAUCUACAGCGUAGUUUGCGUAGCAUCAUUUUACAAGAAAGCAAAAAGUGGAUCCCGCGAUAUAUUUCAGAAAGAUAUCACCGGAAGUUGUGAUACCUCUGAAAGGACUGAAUCUGUGAAAGAUUUUGAAGACUACAAUCCCAAGUCCCUCAUAAUAGACUAUGCAAAGAAUAAGCCUCACUACACAUCUCACAGAGAUAGAAGGUCCAGCAUAGUGGCCGCUUCAACACUGCCGCCCCCUCAAGAGGACGACCUGAUGGACUUGAAAGUCCAAGCAUCGGACAUGGCCCUGGACAUGCAGAGGGCAGCAGUGCACGCGGCCUCUCAGGCCAUCAGAAUCUAUUCCACCGAGAAGCACAUUGCAGAGAGCAUCAAACAAGAUUUCGAUCAACUUUACCAUCCGACGUGGCAUUGCAUUGUGGGACGGAAUUGGGGCAGUUGCGUCACCCAUUCGAAACAGUGUUAUGUGCGGAUGAGUUACAAGGAUAUGACCAUUAUGCUUUACAGGUCAACGUAAGACGCUUUUAAGGCCUGUUUACACGGUCCAAGUUCUUGAAUGCCAGAAAUUGGAAGAUUCGUCGACACUAUCUUGAAUGUUAGGGGAGAGUGGGGUCAAUUGUAACAUUUUUGACUAUUUUUAACUAAUAAAAAAUCAAAUAUAU